UUCUGCAGCAGAUAUGUUAUAAAAUCUAAAGAGAGAAUUAAAAAUAACAACAUAUUUUCAUGCUUCCUGCAGCAAAAGGAGGCUUUCAUCAUUUCACAACUGAACGCAAAAGGCCUGACUGUGCGUGACGAGCAAGGACGACGGAGGACCCUGAACAGCGAAGAAAUGGCCGUGUUUUACAAAAGCUUCUUGGACACAAACCGAGUACGACAUGCAAAUUAUAACAACGAAUGGUACCGGCGAAACUUCACCAUCACUCUGCUCAUGGCCCGAGUCGCCCUCAACAACAUGUGGAAGACGGUUACUGAUCGACGCAGCGGCAAGAAAAACAACCUCCAACCUCCUGAUGAGAAAUAAAACAUUCAGCCACACUCC